AUGUCUAAACUUUUUCAAGACUCUAAUAAGAGAAUGUCAAGGAUUGUUGACUAUGAUGAAAUUAAAUUUGAUCCUUUAUCAAUUAUAGGGAGUGGCGGUUUUGGAAAAGUAUAUCAAGGUGUUUUAAAUGGAAAAGAGAUUGGAAUCAAAAAGAUUACAAUCUCUGAUAAUGACCCAAACAGAGAUAUAUUACUUAAAUUUUUAGAAAGAGAAAUUUAUACUUUAAAAAUGUUAUCACAUCCAAAUGUAAUUAAAUUCUAUGGAAUAGCAGAAAAAGAGAGAUCAUUAUUUUUAUUAACAGAGUUAGUAUCAGGUGGUGAUUUACAUUGGUAUAUAAAAAAUAAAAGUAUUGAUAUUACAUGGAAAUUAAAGGUAAAGAUUGCAAGAGAUAUAGCAGCAUCAAUGGCAUAUUUACACGAGAAUGGCGUUAUUCAUAGGGAUUUAAAAUCAACCAAUCUAUUAGUUGCUGAGAAUUGGGUUAUUAAAGUAUGCGAUAUGGGUUUAGCUAGAAAAAUGGAUAAAUCUGAAAAAUCAAAAAUGACAAUUUGUGGUACUGAUGAUUGGAUGGCACCUGAAGUAUUAAUAGGUGAAGAAUAUGAUGCAUCUUGUGAUGUGUUUUCAUUUGGUAUGGUUUUAAUUGAAUUAAUUACAAGAGAGAAUUUAACACCAAGAAUUAGGAAUGAAGAUUUAGGUGUUGAUCAAAAGUUUUUCCUUUCAAAAGUACCAGCAGAUUGUCCAAAGGAAUUAUUACGUUUAGUAUCCGAAUGUUGUAAAGUUGCACCAUCAGGUAGACCAUCUGCUUCAAAUAUCCUUGGUUUAUUAGAAUACAUACUGGAAAGUGAAUUAAUUGUAAAUUCUGGAGGUGAUUACGAACCACCACUUAGAAGUUUUAAACCACCUGAAUUACAUUUACCAUUAAAUGAAAAAAAUAAUAAUAAUAAAAAUAAUAAUAAUAAUAAUAACAAUAAUAAUAAUAAUAAUAACAAUAAUAAUAAUAAUAACAAUAACAAUAACAAUAAUAAUAAUAAUAAUAAUAAUAAUAACAAUAAUAAUAAUCUUGGAAAUAGUGGUAAUAUAUAUGAUGAUUUUUCAUUUCCAAGACCAUAUCAACCUGAUGAUUCUGCCGUUGAUAAUAUAAAUAACAAUGGUAAUGAUGAUUCACAUUUUUCAUUCCCAAGACCAUAUCAACCAGGACAAUCAAAUAUUAAUGGUGGUGUAAAUAAUAACAAUAGUAAUGAUGAAUCUCACUUUUCAUUCCCAAGACCAUAUCAACCAGGACAAUCAAAUAUUAAUGGUUGUGUAAAUAACAAUAAUAAUAAUAGUAAUAACAACAAUGAUUCACACUUUUCAUUCCCAAGACCACACCAAACAUCUGUUGUAAUUUUAAAUGAUAGAGGUGAAGAGGAACCAUUAGUAGUAUCUCAAAAGGAUCAACUUGAACAUGAUUUAGAAGGUGGCGAUGAUAAUGAAGAGGAUGAAAUGAAACAAUUGAAAUCUCAAUUAAACUAUUCUAAAUUUUCUUUCCCAAGACCUUAUCAAUCAAGUAAAAUCAUUUCCUUUAAUGAAACUGAACUUUUAUCUUUCCCAAGACCUUGGAAUCCUGAAAGUGAAGAAAAUAAUAAUAAUAAAAAUAAUAAUAAUAAUGAAAAAUCUUUAUUAGAAGAUCCAAAAUAUAGUUUCCCAAGACCAUAUAAUCCAGAUUCAGAUUCAAAUUUAAGUUUUAAAUCAACUGCAAAAGUAAUUACAAAUCCUACACCUUUAACAACAACAACUACUACAACAACAGCAACAGCAACAACAACAUCUUCAUCGUCCACCAAUUCAAAAGUAACUACGAAUUCAACAUCUCUACCAACAACAACAACAACAACAACAACAACAACAGCAACAACAUCUUCAUCAUCAUUAUCAUCAAUUGGGAAACCACCACAAUCAACCUAUAAAGUUCCAACAACAAUUAAUCCAUCAACAAGCCAGAGGGUAAUAACAAUACCUUCAAGAAUUGUAACAUCAACUGCCACUGCUCAACCAAAAUCAAGAUCAAAUUCAAACCCUCCAAAACCCACUGUGGUCAUUUCAAAUUCAAAUAAUAAUUUUAAUGAUAUCGUAAAACCAUCCUCAACUAUAGUAAAUCAAAAUAAAACAACCACUCAACCAACUACUCUUAUAAAUGCACCUCAAAAAGUUACAACUCCAGUAAAUAAACAAAUACAACCAUUACACAAAUCAAAUGAAUCAGUGACAGUUGCAGCAACUACAGCAACAACACCUACAACAGCAACCUCAACAACAAUUAAAUCCUCUCCUACCACUCCAACCAGUACUAAUCAAAAUAUAGAACAGAUUAAAAUUACAACUCCAAAAGAUGAGGAUGAAAAUAAAUCAGAAACCAAUGAUGGUGGUGGUGAUACUGUUUCCCACAGAAGGUCAAGAAGUUUGGAUAUUAAAAAUUCAACUAAAGCAAUCAUUAAAAAGUUUGAAGAACUCACAAGAUUUAGUUCACAACAAAGUAAUUUGGUUCACCAACCCUCAUCGUCAUCAUCAUCAACUAAACAACCACCAACUUCUCAAUUUCUUCAAAACCCACGUAUGGAAGCAAAACUUUCCUUUGCCCAAGAAACUUUAGUUUUUGAAAAAUCACCAAGUACCUCUCCCAAAUCUUUAGAUAUUCCAACAUCUUCUUCUUUAACUUCAAAUUCAAAUUCUUCAAUUCCGGCACCUUCUUCUCCCACCAAAAAAACUUUUUGGAAUAAACCAAAAAAAUAA